AUAAAAAUAAAACUCAAUAAUUUCAUAAAUCGAGCGGCCCUUUGUUCAAAUCAGACCAUCUCCAAUCCAUACUUUCUCCAUUCUACCAUUUCCCCGGUCAACACGCUCGUCAUCUGGAAAAACCCUAGAAACCUGCUCAAUCUCCAUUUAUACAUUCCCAAUUUCUCACUUUCAAUUCAACUUCUGGGUCAAAGAUGUCGUCGGAAAUCGAGGUAAUUGAAGAAAUCGAACUCGCGCAACCACCUAAAGAUCACCAUCAAUCGACAUCCACAACGAUGGCUGGAGCUUCAUCGUCGACUGUUAGGGAAAAUGGAGAUGAAGAGAGUUUGAAAGACGAUGUUUAUACAGCCGCUGCAUAUGGUGAUAUGGAGAAACUUCAACGAUUAGUUGAGAGAGAAAAUUGUAGUGUUUCUGAACCGGAUUCUCUUGGUUACUUCGCUUUACAAUGGGCUGCUCUUAAUAAUCGUACUGCUGCUGCUCGCUAUAUUCUUGAGCAUGGUGGGGAUGUAAAUGCAGUUGAUCACACUGGGCAGACAGCCUUGCAUUGGAGUGCAGUAAGGGGUGCAAUCCAGGUUGCGGAGCUUCUUUUGCAAGAGGGUGCUCAAGUGAAUGCUGCUGAUAUGUAUGGCUAUCAGACAACACACGUUGCAGCUCAAUAUGGUCAGACUGCUUUUCUUUAUCACAUUGUUAUGAAAUGGAAUGCUGAUCCAGAUUUUCCAGAUAAUGAUGGAAGAAGUCCUUUGCACUGGGCAGCGUACAAAGGCUUUGCUGAUUGUAUACGUCUUUUGCUAUUUUUGGAUGCAUAUCGAGGACGACAAGAUAAAGAAGGUUGUACCCCACUCCAUUGGGCUGCCAUUCGGGGAAAUUUGGAGGCUUGCACAGUUUUGGUACAGGCUGGUAAGAAAGAAGACCUGAUUAUGAUAGAUAAUACUGGCCUCACUCCAGCACAGUUGGCCGCAGAAAAGAAUCAUAAACAAGUUGCUUUUUUCCUUGGAAAUGCUAGGAGGUUACUUGAUAAGCGUUGGGAUUCGAACAGUCGAUUUGGGAAACUCUCAAAAUUGGGGCUUGCUCCAAUUUUGUGGUUUGUAAUAUUGGUGCUACUUGUGUUGUAUGCAAAGUCAGUUAUCUUGAAUGAGAAGCUUCCAAGAUUAUCCAUGGGUUUUGGCCUUCUUGCAUGGCUGGGUAUUUUCCUAGCUACAGCUGGAAUAGUCAUGUUCUAUCGAUGUAGCAGAAAAGAUCCUGGUUUUAUCAGAAUGAAUGUACAUGAUGCUCAAAACAUGAAGGAUGAUGAACCCCUGUUAAAGAUUGAGAUCGACAAUCCUGCUCUGCUGGCUGGAAACUGGUCUCAACUGUGCACAACAUGCAAGAUAGUUAGACCUCUUCGUGCAAAGCACUGUUCAACUUGUGAUCGUUGUGUUGAACAAUUUGACCAUCACUGCCCUUGGGUGUCAAAUUGUAUUGGCAAGAGGAACAAAUGGGAUUUUUUCAUGUUUCUUGUGCUUGAAGUUUCUGCCAUGAUAAUGACUGGACUAGUCACUCUUAUAAGAAUGGUCAGUGAUCCAAUGGCUCCAUCUUCUUUUGGAGCAUGGCUGAAUCACAUUGGUACUCAGCAUGUUGGUGCAAUAUCAUUUCUACUUUCUGAUUUCUUCCUCUUCUUUGGAGUGGCUGUCUUAACUGUUGUCCAAGCUUCUCAGAUAUCUCAUAAUAUAACGACAAACGAAAUGGCAAAUGCAAUGCGCUACAGCUAUCUGAGAGGUCCAGAUGGUCGGUUCAGAAACCCCUUCGAUCAUGGGGCUAGAAAAAACUGCUCAGAUUUUUUUGUCAAUGGUUACAAUGAAGACGUGGAGCGCAUUGAAGAACCAGCUCAGGAUGAAGGAAUUGGGAUGGUGCACAUGGGACGCCAGACAAGCAUGCAAAACGGGUUAGUCCAUUCUCAUCAAGCCAAUGGCAAUAGCCACAUUGGUAUCAACAUCAGUCAAAAGAAUCCAAAUACUGGACAUGGUCAUUUGCAUUCUCAAUGUAAUCAUCAUCACCAUAAUAAUCAUAAUCAGAACCGAAAUCAUGGAAGAACUAACAGUACCCCCCUAGGCUUGGGUUUAGGUCUUGGAAGAAGCAAUCCUCGGUCUGUAACAACAUCAUGACACUCGGCCAGUUCAGAUGAAUAGUUUACAUGUGUAUAUGAUUGUAAACAUCACAGUGAGAUUUCAUUGUUUAAGUUUAGUUAUCAUAUCUUCUGCAAUCCUUUCUUUACCUUUUCUAACGCCAUAUGGAUGCCGAGAGUUCGAAUACUUUGAGCAGAGACUCCUGUUGUAUGAAGAAAAAAGCAGAGAGAAAGUAAUGCUUCAAUUUCAAGGCAUUCUUUUGGAGAGAUCUUGGAUUUCAGAAGAGGUGGUGGUUGAGAUACGGGGUGGUAUUUGGCUUGUAAAAUCUUCAAUAUGUCAAUUCUUUGUCCACUAAACAAGUCAUGAAUGAAUGUUUACAUACAUUUCAUACAAGAAACGACUUUGCACUCAAGGGUCUAAUGCACUUUUCUAGUUGAUUUGAAGUUUUCUUUCCGCAGUUGUAGUGCUUUUUACUGUGAAUACUAGAUUAAAGCUUUAAUUCAUUGGUGUAUCUUGUAAGAGUUGUAAACUUUUAUUGCUUGGAAGAAGGAUCAACAAAAUUUUUCCACA